AUGAUGGAGAUUAACUCGGAAGCGGCGACCCACUUCUGCAAGUUCACCAACUCCAUCAACAUCAUCGACCGCUUCUUCUGUUCUGCCACAGGCUGGAUGAUGUGUCAGCUCAUGACUGAGGUUAACACUGUGGACACGCCUGAGCACCUGUGCUCCAUGGGCAUCUCGGAUCAUGCUGCUCUCUCGAUUCGGCUGCGUCUUCGGGGUACGCGUCCCGCUGCUGAGCGGCCCAUCCCCAAGCACAUCUUCACCUCUGUUGCCUUCCAGCGCCGACUCCGAGGAAUGGUUGCUGAUGGUGAUGAGGAUCUGCUCCGAUGGAGCCCACCGGUGGCCACAGAGCACUACAAGUACAUGAUGAAGGAGGCCGCCAGGGAGGCCCGCGACAUCCUCUUCUUCUCGGCCCCUGACCUGCCUGGGACGCUACAGCUGGUUGCUCGUGGGAUAGCACGAGCGGUAUGGCGUCAAGACGCUGCCCUUGCCCUCAAGCUCAUCGAGACCUCCCAGCACGCCGCCGACGCCCUGAUGGUCGACGGCCAGGUCGUCUCGCUGCGCCACGCCCCGUCCUUCGAGCAGUGGGCUGCUGGAGUACAUCGGUUGGUUCGGGAACGCACUGCGGCCCUGGCGGCCUACUGGACCCCUGUCUUCUCCAAGAAAGAGCCCCACCCUGUCAUGACCCAGAUGUACCUCGAUAGGUUCCUCACCAAGGCCUCUGACAUCGACCUGCACUGUCCUCUGACCCCAAUGUUCCGUAAGGUUCUCAGGCGUGCUCGUCACUCUGCUCCUGGUGUCGACGGGCUGCCCUACGCUGCCUGGUCGGCGUGCGACUAUGGCGCCCAGCACCUGGCCAGAAUGUUCGGAUGGCUAUGCCAAGGUCAGUCGUUGUUCGCCUCUGCCAGCGUCACCCUCCAGGCGUUCCUCCCCAAAGGUGCUGUUCUGUAUGAGCUUGCCUCUCUGCGCAUCCUGGUGCGGGUCCUCGGUGUCAUGGAAAAGAUUGCGGGCCUCAAGAUUAAGAUCAGCAAGUGCACCCUGGUCCCCCUCGUCGGCUGCAUGACAGAAACCCUGAAAACCAUGACCCAGACCCAGCUGGCCUCCAUCGCGAGUGACUGGGCUACACGCUGGGUCUUGCGCCUGGAUGACUCCGAGAGCGGCCGUGCCGACUGGUUGAUGUGGUGCAUCCCGUACGUGCGUGCCAAAUUUGAGGCGAUGGAAUGGGUGGAUUCGUCUGGUUGGAGUGGUACUCUCGACGAACUCGCUCGUCAUAUCUGCAUGGUUGCCUGGGACACCUCUACCGAGGGGCGCCUCAAUAUUGUAGAUUACUUUCGGUGGCUGAAUGACCCGCGUAACUCCUUGACGCGGCACGGGCUCUGGGAAGAGAUGGUGGAUCGACAUUUCCAGGCCCUUCGUGAGAUUCGCAGAGAGAUGAGGCAAUACUUGGGACCCGCUGCGCCACACCGUGUUCGUGACUUCCUUGUGGACAGCAAUGGAGACGAGGCCCUGCCCAUCGUCGCUGCCAACGGGUCGGUGCGCUACUUUGCCUCACUAGUCUCAGCAGUGGAUCCCGAAGAUGGCGAUGCCGCCGACGGAGAUGGGUUGCACGCCGUCCUCGAGAGUUGCGCCGUCUCGGAGAGUUGCGCCAUCGUCACGAGUUUCGCCGAUUUGGUCACGGAUCGCUUCCCUCUUCGCUACUCCCCCGUGCUCGUUUUCCCCGACCUGGCCGAGUUCGACGGCUGCUGGUUCAUCGUUUGUGCCCUGUCCGACGCGGAUGGCGGGACCCUCCCCUUCGAUUUCGCCUCUGACGAGAAUUUCGUCGUCAUUGUCAUGCAGUGCUACUCCAUCCUCUUCUAUUGGCACGAGUUCUGGUACAGGAAGCUGCCUGACGAUCAGGACGCCUACCAGCAGAUCGACCCGUCCGACAUCGCGAGCUUGGUUCGAGACAUUCGGCAGGCCACGGGGCGAGGGAGCAACAACCUGGGCCCAGCGGGCCUGAGAGCGGCCCCUGCGGAGUCGCUCGCCGAGCUCGCCGAGUUGUUCCCGAGGCCUUACUGUGUUACUCACUGUAGCCUGAUGUGGGAGUUCGCCGAGUUUUGCGAUUAUGUGGACCUCGUUUUGGCCCUGGAAGCCGCCCUGGCUCUGGACUGUCCUGAUGUCUCCGUGUGGCUACCCCUGGUGCGUCUCGCCCCCCGCUGCAUCAAAGCGAGAGGUGCGAUUUCCAGCCCGAUCGAGCCCACGGCGACUAUCCUCACAGGCGAUGGAGACGCGAAGAAUUUUGCUAGAGCGGUCAUUUGCGAUACUCUGGAUCAUGGCUGGCUCCCGCAGGACCCCCAAAGCAUGGAGUGGUUGGCUCCUACGGGGAGUGUCUGGAGGCUCGAGCUCCCAGACCAUGGUUUCAUUGACUUUGACACUUCUGUGCGUGAACUUCUGCUGACAGUCUGGGCUAGGUUGUGGCGUCGUGUGGCCGCCCGCGUCCAAUGGUCUCGGGCCGAGGGUGGCCUCGACAGGUACUCGCUGCACACGUGGUUGUGUGCCCCGGAUCGUAAGGCCUCCGAGCAGGCCCUCAGGCUCCGAGGUUCCCUGCUUGCGGUGGCCACGGCCGCGACCUGGUGCCGCGCCAGGAUGCUCGAUGUAGGCAUGCUUGAAGAAUCCGAAGCCCUGUGCCAGCGCUACCCUGCCCGCGCUGUUCAUACGGGCUUUCACUGGGCGUGGGGUUGUGCUGUCCAUUGCAUGCUCCAGGAGUGCAGUGGUGCAGCUGACCUCGAGGCGUGCGCGAGCCUUGUGCGGGAUCAGGUCCAAGCCGUCCGAGAGUUGGUUGGAGGCCUACCAGGUCCGAUGCAGACCAUCCAUCGUGUGGAGUUGCUGGCUUUAGUUCUGUGGGUGGAGGAGCUCGCGGCUCGCUGCAUGGCCGCUGAGUCGCAGGCGCGCGAGCUCGGAGAGGUGCUCGCCGGUCUCCUGCGCGAGCGCGAGCGGGCGGCACAGGAGGGCGCGCACCUGGUGGACCGGCGGCACGUGUCCGCGCGGGUGCGGCAGUAUUUCGACUGCGCGGAGGGGGGCCGCCGAGACGAGGCGGACGCUGCCCUGCAGGAGGUCUGGCGCGCCCUGCGCGACGAGCCAGUGCGGCCGCAGGCCCCGCCUGCGGGCCAGCCGCCGCUGGGGGCGGCGGCCGCCGCCUCGCCGCCGCGGCCGCGCCGCGCGGAGGCGGCCGCCCGGCCGCGCGCCGUGCUCUCCGCCGCCUCGUCGGCCGGAAGCCUUGCUUGGAUUCAGGCGGCCCUCGCGCAUGACCCCGUUGGCGGCGGGCUAGCACGGGGCGCAAGGGCCGCACCGCAGCUCGGGCAUAGCGGGCCGGGAGGGGUGAUUGAAGAUGGGUGGGCGUUGGCCCGGUCCAGCGUGAAUUUGCCCGCACUGCUGCAGAAGCGGGCCCUGACGAGGCCUCCCGACGUGCCUCUCUCGCGGUGCGGCAGUGCCCAGGCUCCGCCCGGGCGGCCCUUGCGGGACAUGGAGGAGCUCCGCGACGCCGUGGCCGCCGCCCUGCGUGGGGCCGCGGCCCGCGCACGCCAGCUUGGGGGCCAGGCCUGCUGGCUCGCGGGCGCCGCCGCGGAGCAGUCCGCGUGGGCCCUGCGGGCGGGCGCCGGCGUCGCGCAGGGCGGCGCGGCCGCCGCGACGGUGGGCAUGCAGCGCGGCGUGGAGCUCACGGCGGAGUGCGCCAGCAGCGGCCUCAGGACGCUGGGGCACGCGCGCGAGCUGCUGCCCGUGGCAAGGCGGAGCGCGGCCGCGGCCAUCCGGGCGCUGGAGGAGGUGAAGCAGUCGGAGGCCCUGCAGCUGCGGCGGCUGGAGGACCUGCCCAGCGUCGCGGAGUACCUGGCGCGCCUGGGCAACCAGCUGGACGCGCUCGCCGCCGAGCUCCGGGAGCUCCCCGCCUCCGCCGUGGUCAUGCUGGCGGCGGUGACGCUCAGGCUGUUCUGGGCGCUGAACACAGUGGGUGACGCCGCCCUCCGCGAGGUGCUGCACGGCCGGACGCUGCUCUCGCGCUUCGUCUUCGCCAUCUGCUUGUUCCCCGGCUGUUGGUGCGCGUGCCACUACAAGGGCGCCAUUCGAAGAAGAAAAGACAGAUUGAACCGAACUGCUCGGAGCUCCGCGCCUAUAUCUUGGACUGCGUGGAGCCCCGCUGCUUGGAUGACCGCGGUUGUUACUAAAGGGAGAGCGGAUCAGAAGUGGAUGUGA